UUCAAUCUAUGUUACAGGAUUAUCUUGAUGAAAACUUUGAUGCAAAGUCACUUCGAAUUGCAGAUCUUCGGCGCAUUUUAUUUGAAAAUAAUGUGAAUUAUCCAUCAUCUGCUAAGAAACAAGUACUUUUGGACUUAUUUUAUGAACAUAUUGUUUUAGGUAAAAAAGGGUAUUUAAAAGAGAAAAAGCACGAAAAUAAGGAUGAAUACGAUAUAUUGAGUGAUAAUAUAAGUAAAAUUAAACAGGUUAAACAAAAAUCGAGUAAAAAAAAGGGUAAAAAGCAGUUAAAUGAUUCAAAAGAGACGUUGUCUGCUAAUAGAUAUUCUCAUAUGUCUUUACGUAGAUCAAUAAGUGAUCAGCCUUCGAAUAUUGAGGAUAAAGAAAAAUUAGAGGAAAAGUCACUUUCGUUAGAUGAGGGGUUUUCUAAUGAAAACUUUUUUCAGCAAACAUCUCCAUUAUGUGAAACAUAUAAAUUUCGUUCAUCUUUACAGCCUUUAAUGCCUGAGGCUCAUCAGAAGGAAGUUGUGGAUAUAUUAGAAGUACCUGAGAAAUCAUCUAUUAUGAGAGUUAAACCGGAGCUUCGUUCAAAGAGUUUGGUUCAGCCAUUAAUGAAUACUACUUUGCCUCGGUCUAAACCGAAAAAAUUUAUGACGAAUAUUGAGAAUUUGAAGACAUCACAACAAUUCUAUCAUAUGACAAUGUAUUCGAAACCUGACAAUGAAUUAACUACACAAACAUCUGAAAAUAAUGAAUUUACGCAUAAUGAUCUUCCUUUAAAUAAUAAUGAAACAGAAAGUAAAGACAAAUUAGAUUUGAAUAAAGAGGUUUUGAAUGUUUUUUAUGGAAAAUCGAAAGUCAAACCUAAACGCAAAAAAUUUUCAUUUAUAAGAUUUUUUGUGGUAUUUAUUUUUAGCACAUCUAUAGCUACAUUAGGAAGUAUUUGGAGAGAGGAAACAAUUCGUGUGGGUUAUUGCGGCGUUGAAAUUAAAGAAAUACCAAAUACAUAUUCAUUAAUACGAGGAAAAUUACCAAGAAUUUUGCUCAAUAAUCUUUUUGUAUAUUGCAAACCAUGUCCUGAUCAUGCUAUUUGUUAUCCUAAUUUUAAACUUGUAUGUCAAAAGGAUUAUAUUCUUACCCCGAAUAUAUUAUCUUUCAACGGAUUGAUUCCUAUUGUACCAUCAUGUAUACCAGAUACAGAAAAAUUGAGAAGGGUUCAUAUUAUUAUUAAUGAGAUAAUUCAGAUGCUUAGAGAUAAGAAUGCUAAGUUGGAAUGUGGCUCUUCAAAAUUGCUUAAAGGAGAAAAGGAGGGUAUAUAUGAGAAAGAUCUUGAGAAAUAUCUUUGGGAAAUGAAAUCUCCUGAUAUAGAUGAUCAACAAUUUCAAGAAUUAUUAUCGGAUGCAUUUGAAGAUAUAGUUACGUAUGAUGAAAUUCAUAUAGAGAAAGAUGGAUAUAUUGAUCUAAUAGAUCAAAAAGAUAUUUUAAAUCAACAUCUUUUUCAAACAUUUCAUUUGGAUGCUCACUUAAAAAAUAUAUCAGACGAGGACUGGUACGCUAUAGAGUCGAGUUUAUUGGAAUAAUAUCUUCUAUAUUUCUUUUAUUUAAAAUAAAAUCUGCUUUUGUUUUACAAAGAACCUAUAAAUCAAAAAUUCUAGAAUUAGUUCAUAUUUCUCUACAAAGAUUAUAUGAGCAACAACGUUCAUAUAUUUUGGAUCCAAAAUCUACAUAUCCAUAUAUUGCUAUUUCGCAUUUACGGGAUGAUAUUCUUGUAAAUGAGUUUAAUACUGACCAACGAAAUAAGCUUUGGAAUAAAGUACGGAAAGUUGUUGAAAACAACUCAAACAUAAGAACACGAUUAGCAGAAAUAAAUGGAGAAUGGAUACGAGCUUGGGAA